AUGCCUAUAGAGAUAACACCAAUCACGGAAGGUGACAUUCCGGGCGCGGUAACAUGUAUACAGCAAGCGUUCAAGGAAGACCCGUAUAAUAACUGGGUCUUCGACCAAAAGACCUUCUCCUACACCCGCAACUCCCACUCCCUAACCCUGCGCUGUCGCUGGGGCAUGCAGCACGCCAUCUUCCGCGUAGCAAAAGACACCACCGACCCAGAACACAAAGUCCUCGGCGUGGCAUGCUGGCUCCCUCCCCACCCCUCUGAUGCCCCUCAAACCUGGAACUCCUGGUUCGGCGACUGGUGGCUCUGGCUAUCGCAAAUCCAGAUGAACCUCCUCCACGGCCGGGGCGGCCUCAACACCACCCGUUACUGGAUCUGGAAAGCUAAGCAAGCGGAAGCGCAGCAGGAAAUCUGGACAGAUCCGAGCGGGUAUUAUUUCUGUAACAUCGUGACGGUGUUGCCAGAAGCGCAAGGGAAGGGAGUGGGAAGAGCGUUGUUCAGCGAUGUGACGGAUGUGGCGGAUCGAGAGGGAAGGAGGUGUUAUUUGGAGAGUAGUCGGGCGGAGCCGAAUAUGGCGAUUUAUGAACGGAUGGGGUUUGAGCUGAAGAAGGAGAUGGUUUGUGAUGAUAACGGAGAGGCUAUUACGUUGUUUUGUAUGGUGAGAGAGCCGAAGGGAGAAGGGGUGGAGACGUAG